AUGGUUCAUAUUCCUUCGAUCACCACAGCUCUUGCUGUUGGUGUUUUGCCACAACUUGUUUUGGCAGCUGGCCUGCAUACAGCAGCUGUCGCAAAGGGGCUGACUUAUUUCGGCACGGCUACCGAUAACCCGGAGCUCACUGACACGGCAUAUGUGACGCAGUUGAACAAUACCGGUGACUUCGGACAGGUCACCCCAGGAAACUCAAUGAAGUGGGAUGCAACCGAACCGUCUCAGAACAGCUUCAGCUUCGAGAAAGGCGAUGUCAUUGCGAACUUGGCCGAGGCCAACGGACAGAAGCUCCGAUGUCACAACUUACUUUGGUACCAGCAGCUUCCUAACUGGGUCACCAGUGGAUCCUGGACAAAUGAGACCCUUCUUGCCGUGAUGAAGAACCACAUAACCACGGUGGCUAAGCAUUACAAGGGCAAGUGCUACGCUUGGGAUGUUGUCAAUGAAGCUCUCAAUGAUGAUGGAUCAUACCGGGAUAACGUCUUCUAUAAGCAUAUCGGCGAAGCAUACAUUCCCAUUGCCUUUGCCACUGCAGCCGCUGCAGACCCGGAUGCAAAGCUCUACUACAACGACUAUAGCAUUGAAUGGGCAGGAAAUAAGGCAACUGGUGCGCAGAACAUUGUCAAAUUGAUCAAAUCAUACGGGGCAAAGAUCGACGGUAUUGGUCUGCAGGCUCACUUCACUGUUGGUGACACACCGGGAAAAAAUGACCUUGCCAGCACUCUGAAGACUUUCACGGCUCUUGAUGUCGAAGUCGCAUAUACCGAAAUGGACGUCCGCAUGGAGCUGCCCUCUACCGAUGAUAAGCUGGAACAGCAGUCCACGGAUUAUGCCAAUCUUGUAGCUGCCUGUGUUGAGACAUCUGGCUGCGUUGGUGUGACUAUCUGGGAUUGGACCGACAAAUACUCCUGGGUCCCUGACACUUUCUCGGGCUACGGCGCUGCCUGUCCAUGGGAUGAGGACUUGAAAAAGAAGCCUGCCUACGAUUCCAUCUUGAAGGCGCUUGGAGGGUCGUCUUCUAGUUCCUCUAGAAAAAGUACGGUUGCAGCUAGCUCUUCUGUCUCCCUCCCCUCUUGUUCUCGCACCCCCUCUCGUACCCCCUCUCGUACCCCCUCUCGCAUCUCGUCUCCGAUUUCUUUUACCACUUCUUAUACUGUCUCCUCCCAUCCCUCUUCCACUCCCAUUCAGUCCACAGCUCCAACUAACGUGGCUCAACGUUGGGAACAGUGCGGCGGCAAUGGCUGGACCGGGCCAACAACCUGCGCCAACGGGGGCACUUGCACUAAGCAGAAUGACUGGUACUCGCAGUGUCUGUGA